UUUCGCUGUCUGUCUCGGCCUGUUCAACUUCCCAACCCACUUGAAGCUUGGCUUGCUUCUUCCUUCUGUGUUCUACACACUUUUUUCGCUCUUUCCUCUUUUCUACCUGUUAUACGCCUUAGGCUCCUCUGCCUUUUCCCCUUGAUUGUUCCUGUCUCUGGUCCUGAAAUACAUGCACCGGAUUCACUCGUGGGCGAAAGCUCACGCGUCUACUCGCAGCCCCCAGACUCUAGCUUCUACCCAGCCCGAUCAAGCCUCCGAAGAGGCAGCAGCACAAGAUGGGCAAGUGAAGGAAGCUAUACGUGACCCGGCCAGCCCGGAGUCAGAAAAACCUACAAAUGAGCCCACCAAGCCCGGAAUCUUCACCCGCAUGAAGGAUGGCAUGGUUCGCUUCAGCAGACACACCAAGACGGCUCUUUGCCACAGUUGGGUCAAUGUGCUGCUUAUCUUCGUGCCCGUCGGUAUCGCUGUUGAGGCGGCCGGGUUGAACUCGGGGUUGAUCUUCGCCAUGAACGCGAUCGCUGUUAUCCCCUUGGCUGGUCUCCUCAGUCACGCCACCGAGUGUGUCGCCAGUCGGCUGGGUGACACCGUCGGUGCACUUAUCAACGUCACCUUUGGAAAUGCGGUCGAGUUGAUCAUCUUCAUCAUCGCACUUGUCAAGAAUGAGAUUCGAAUCGUGCAGGCUUCACUCUUGGGGUCCAUUCUGGCAAAUCUGCUGUUAAUUCUUGGCAUGGCUUUCCUAUUGGGAGGCCUGCGUUUCCAGGAACAAAUCUAUAACAGUACGGUCACUCAAAUGAGUGCUUGUCUUCUUAGUCUGAGCGUUAUGAGCCUGUUGUUGCCCACGGCCUUCCAUGCUUCUUGGUCUGACAGCUCCAAUGCCGACAAAUACACCCUCAAAGUGAGCCGUGGAACCAGUGUGGUCUUGCUUCUCGUGUACGGACUGUACAUCGUCUUUCAGCUCAAGUCACACGCCUAUCUUUACGCCAGUACCCCCCAACAAAUCAUCGACGAGGAGUCUCAUCCGGGUGUCUUGGCCGAAUUCAUGAACAGCUCCUCAGACUCGAGCAGUUCUUCAGACGAAUCGGUCGAUACCACAACCUCAUGGUCGACCGCAAAGCGUAUCAAGCGGGCCAUGAAACACAGACGCCACCGAAAGUCUAGUACGAGCUCGCGUGGCACAGGAUCUCCGCAGUCGUUCCGAAAGAAGUCCCUGGUGGAUAUGCCAUCAUCGGCAGUCAUUGACGAGACCAGCGGUUCCGGUGACUUGAACACUACUACUAGUCACGCGGAAGGAUCUGGGUCUUUCGUCAUUGACUUUGGAGAUGAUACUCGCUACGACGCAGAUCAUGAGCCUCAUUCAAUAGACUACGAACCGCAAUCGCGGGACUUCGGAGCUGCCGUUAAGACCCCGAAGCAGGAGAAGAGGGCCAGGAAGCAGGAGAGGAAAACCCGAGAGAAGCGUACGGAAAAGGCACCCGGCACUACCAACAUGACUACCGAAGUGCGACCACCCAUCAAGUCAUAUCUUUCGGAGCCUGCCGUUGAUCAUGGUGAGCUACAAAUCCCCGUCGACGAAACCUCCGAAAUACCAAAGAGGCGGUCGCCGUUUCGCCCUACCAUUCCCUCAUUGCUUUCCAACACCGUCUUCUCUACCGCUCCGGGCAUGGCCCAACCAACAAUUUUGUCCGGUGCGUCCGGCCUCCGGCGUACACACUCGCUUCCUUCCUUCCCCAAUCGUCCCCCGCCCGUGGGAAGCGCCGUUCCAUUUGCUCGUGGUGCAUCUCGUAUGCCCACCACAGUCAGCACGGCCACUGUCGAAGACACUUCCGAACAUCCAGAGCCAGAAAUGUCCCGGACAUCUGCGGUUGUCAUGCUACUCGUCUCGACAGCCCUCGUCGCGGUCUGUGCCGAAUUCUUGGUUGAUGCCAUUCCCAACAUGAUCCAGAGUUCGUCUGUCAGCGAGGCUUUCAUCGGUUUAAUUAUCCUUCCUAUUGUUGGUAACGCCGCUGAGCAUGUAACGGCCGUGAGUGUGGCUACCAAGAACAAGAUGGAUCUCGCUAUCGGUGUUUCUGUUGGUAGCAGCAUUCAAAUAGCUAUCUUCGUCACUCCCCUGGUCGUCAUCCUAGGGUGGUGCAUGGACAAAGAUAUGUCCUUAUACUUCACGCUCUUUGAGACAAUUUCUCUCUUCGUGACGGCCUUUGUUGUGAACUUCCUUGUCCUGGAUGGCAGAAGUAAUUACCUUGAAGGAUCUCUGCUCAUUGCAGCCUACGUGAUUAUCGGUGUUGCUGCCUUUUUCUACCCGGGAAGCGCCGAAUCCAGUAACUUUGCCGGCAGUGCAUAGCCGUCUUUAAUCCUAAUCAGAUGGCCGGUGCCGUCAUUACGAUAAAGCCUGACACGUCUGGCCACUGUGUCUGGUACAGAAUGUGGGUUUCACUCUUCAGUAAACGAGGUGUUCCGAUGAAUUCGAACUCAGACCGAGAUUUAAAUUGAGAUGUACAGGGUGGAAAAUCAGGGCUAGGUUAUUGUGAAUUUGUAGCAUAUGCCCGAGACUGUAAAUAUUGUUGCCUUGGUGUCAUACUUGGCACAGUGGAACACAGAAUGCAUUACUCCGCUAUCUGACUGGUUUAUGUGAUGAAUCGAAUUUCGAUUUACCCGAAUGUAUAUGGUAAUACUGGAGAUAGUUUGGCAGGUUUACUUAGUGG